GCCUUCGACGUGAGGCUAACCCUGUACGAAACAGAGCUAUUCGCUGACUAACGGCAACGCAGAACCAGGACAGCUAACAUGUCAGAGAAGAAACAGACCGUGGACUUGGGUUUACUAGAGGAGGACGAUGAAUUUGAAGAGUUCCCAGUCGAAGAUUGGACGGGGCUGGAUGAAGAUGAGGACGCUCAUGUUUGGGAGGACAACUGGGAUGAUGACAACGUAGAUGACGAUUUUUCCAAUCAACUAAGAGCGGAGCUGGAAAAACAUGGUUACAAAAUGGAGACAUCUUAGUGACUGACGCAGCCUCGACAUUGGAUAUGGACAUUUAUUUUUGAAUAUUAUUGGUUGAUCACAGGUCACCAGAAGAUGUUUGUGAAUGUUGAUUUGUUUUUUUUUCUUUUUCUGAGAAAUAUUGAUAAAAAAUAAACCGUUUGGAUGAACAAGUUAA